GGACGGGUUGUCUAAGGACGGGUUGUCUAAGGACGGGUUGUCUUAGGACGGGUUGUCUUAGGACGGGUUGUCUUAGGACGGGUUGUCUAAGGACGGGUUGCAACUUCGAAGGCAGCAAACGAGAAGCCUAAUUCUGACUGCGGUUGGCCAGUUCUCACAAAAAAAUAUCCUAUCAGCUGAUUCUGAUGAAUUGCAUUAUACUUGUAAUGCUGGUUAGCAGCUUGGCGUCCCAAACUGCGGCAGGAUUACCAGAUUUUCUCGGGAAUAGACCGAACCUCGGUAGCAUCUCCAGUGGCCCAAGCAGGAGCUCGGACGACACCAAUGACACUCUAGCAACUGAUAGUUUCGCUUCAAGCAGCCAACCGGACCACCAUACGGAGGGGACUUACUUGCGUACCGGCUCGAAUGCUUUCGUCACUUCCAGCGGCGGGGGUGGCGGUCCGACUUCGCGUUCCAGCCCUCGUCCAGUUGUAAGGUCCGGCAAAACUAAUGGCAGCGGUGCUUCUAUGAACGUGAUCGGCGAUAGCAGCGGCCGGCUUGGCCGCAGACCAGAGACUGGUUCCAGUGGUCUAGUUAUUAACGUUUCUGGUGGGAAGGAUGUUGAUAGCGGACCGCGCGUCACCGCGGGCAGCAGUAGCAGUCCGCCUUCUGACGCUGGUCCAAGGUAUGGCAGCCCUCAGGUCAGCAGGGUGGACGCAGUCUUCCACCCCACUGUCACCCAGCUUGUCACCGUCGACCGCUUCGUCACCCUCACUGACCAAGCUUUCCAGAGCGUGGCUGUCACCCUCACUUCCCUCACCGUUCAGACUGUCACCACUGGAACACGCCGGGUGGUAGAGACGGCAGUUAAUGAUCACGUUACUCUGCAAACAUCAUUGACUGCCAGACCCACAUCACUGGCCGUCACUCACGUGAAGUCUAGCUUCAGCCUCGUGACGGACACUGCUCUACAUCACCUAACUACAACCUACACAUCGUACGUAAUCAUGCUGCCUACUGACACGACGACCACCAUGCAGUUACAGAGUGUCGUACACAAGGACGUUGGUGCGUACGAACGUAAACAUGAAAGGGACUACGGUGACGGACCUCCUGGCCGUCACACACACCGUGCUCACAAGGUGCCUCGGCUACGGUACACUGUAGUCGUGCACGGAAUAUUUCUAGCAAUCUACAAGAGAUUCAAAUUAUAUUUGUUGAUGAAUUAUUUGUAUUUGUGAUAACUGAUUUAUUUUGAUAUAUUCCCCCUGGGCUAAUUACCAAUUCUUUAAUAUCAUUUCAGAAAAGAAUGAUAAUGCCAAAAAAAAAAAAAAAAAUGUUCCCA